AUGUCGGGUUUGGACGUAGAAGCCCUCCUGGAGGCCACUGCCCAAAGCUCAGCGCAAAAGAAAGACCCGAAUGCCCGGGACGAGGACUCGUCCAGGAACGACCGCAACGGUCGCCAUCACAACGUCGCGGAGCGUGAUGGCUCCAGAAACAGGGACGACAGCCGGGACCGCCGCCGAGAUGCCGAUAACGGUCGCCGUCGACGCGAUCGCCGAGACCUGACUCCUCCAAGACACCGUAAGGGCACUCCUGACGAGGCUACCCCUCGGAGCGAUACUGGAAGUCAUCGUAGCAGACGUCGAAGCGAGAGCCGGGAUAGAGACCGCUACAACUCACGUCGACAUAGGGAUGGCGACUAUUACCGUGGACGACGCGGCGGCGGCCGAUCGCGCUCCCGCUCAAGAUCUCCUCGCAGGCGCUACCGCCCCCGUGAUGAUCGAGAUCGUAAAGACCGUCGAGAGCGCUCAAAUCGCGGAGAUCAUGGCCGCGGAAAGGAUCGCUCCCCUGGCAGACGGUCUCGAUCUCCGCAGCCGAACGAGGAUGAGCGAGACAGCCGGACUGUUUUUGUGCAGCAGCUUGCUGCUCGACUGCGAAGUGACAAGCUCAAGAAAUUUUUUGAGGAAAAUGCUGGCCCUGUUAACGAGGCUCAGAUUGUAAAAGAUCGUAUUAGCGGACGAUCCAAGGGAGUCGGUUAUGUGGAGUUCAAGAGUGAAGAAACGGUUCAAAAAGCACUUCAGCUUACUGGAAAGCCACUGGCAGGUAUUCCUAUCAUUGUGAAGCUCACUGAGGCUGAGAAGAACCGACAAGCUCGGAACACCGAGUCGACAAGCGGCCAGCCGAAUUCCGUUCCCUUCCACCGCCUCUAUGUGGGCAACAUUCACUUCAACGUCACGGAACAAGAUCUUCAAGCAGUUUUUGAACCGUUUGGGGAGCUUGAGUAUGUUCAACUUCAGAAGGAUGACACUGGACGCAGCCGCGGAUAUGGAUUUGUACAGUUCCGCGAUGCUGGUCAGGCUCGUGAAGCGCUGGAGAAAAUGAACGGCUUUGACCUCGCGGGCCGACCUAUCCGGGUCGGCCUCGGCAACGAUAAGUUUACCCCUGAGAGCACGGCCAACUUGAUGCACAGGUUUCCAGGACAGAACAAUUUCCAGGGCUCUUCUUUCUCAGGAGCCGGAGGCCGCGGCUCGCAAGCUUCUGCAUUCGACCGAGCCGGAGGACGAGACAGUGACAAAGCGGGCGGCGCAAGCGCCCUCGACGACACAGAUGUCGCUGGAGUAAACUUCAAUAACUACAGUCGCGAUGCAUUGAUGAGAAAACUUGCCAGGACCGACGAACUGCCCAAUGGGAGAGAAGACCAGGCUGUUUUGAAGCCCAAGACUGAAGCCAAACCGCUUCCUGUGAACGUCAACAUGGCUAGUCGCUGUGUUGUGCUGCACAACAUGUUUGAUCCCGAAGAGGAAGAGGGUGAUGACUGGGUCAAGGAACUCGAAGAAGACAUCCGAGCCGAAGCCGAGAGGCAGUACGGACAUGUCGUCCACAUUUCCGUGGAUCCCAACUCCAAGGGCGACGUCUAUCUCAAGUUCGACAAGGUGCAAGGCGGCGAAAACGCCAUCAAGGGCUUGAACGGAAGAUACUUUGGCGGCAGGAUGAUUAAUGCGUCCCCAGUUGUCGACGCUGUAUACAGCAGUCUCUUCUCCCGCACCAGAGCCAUCUAA